AUGAGAUUUCAAUUAAGCGUUUUUUGUUUAACACUUAAGUUCAUUUGUUAUUUAUCAACGGGCGUUAAUAGAUGUGACAAUGACUACGAAGAAUCACGUCCUAGAAGACAUUAUGAAACAUUACAUAGAAAGACUUUACUCAGACCAACUGCCUCCGAAAUAACCAUUGCGAUAUCGGAAUCAAAUGUUGCUCGAGGAAUUCAAGUUGAACACUUACAACAGUUCUUCUAUGCUGGACAGUAUCCAAUUGAUUUCAUUCGGCUAUUGGACACGUACAAGACAUUGAGUUACGAGCCCAUUCAUUUCAGCAGUGGCGAGAUAACAACACUGACCUCAAAUUAUAAUGAUGGAUCAAAAACCAAUAAAAUUCUUACUCAACUUAAAUUCUAUCGUAAAAUACAAGAAAUACAGUGCACGAAUAGUGUACUUUUGAAGUUUAGCAUACCGAAAGUCGGAAGUUCUUUGGACGUUAUUGUCAAAUACGUGUACAAUAUGAUAGAAAUGUCGUACAGAGGGAAAUUCGUAGUGAGCGCAUGGCUUUGGGAACUGUAUAGACAACUAUUAGACAUGAAAAAUUUGAUGUUAACAACCCAAAAGUUUCUAGAAGAACACUUACCGGAACUUAUCGUUACCCUACAAAAAUUGAUAAGGUUGUGUCGUAAAAAUAAAUACUUAAUGAAAAGGUUUGAUUACACUUUAAAUGAUUACAACGAGAAAUCUAGUCGACUUCUACAGUUUGAUACAUUUUUAAAAAUGUAUGACGAAAAAUAUCAACGAUUUCCAGAGAAGUCUGAAAGUUAUAAUUUCCCUAUUGUUGUCAACCAUUUGUUGAUGACUAAAAUGUUUUGGUUUCCACAAAUUUUCGACGAAAUCUCUGGCCUUGCCUAUAAUUGGAAAAUUACACACGAUAUAUUGGAAAAGGAAAUGACAAAUAUCAAAAGUGAACUCCGGAAGGGAGAAUGUGACAUAUAUAACAUGGAUGAGACGGGUAUAACCACUGUCCAAAAACCAAACAAAAUUGUUGCACGUAGAGGUUUUAAACAAAUUGGCAGAAUAACGUCGGCAGAAAGAGGCACACUUGUGACGUUAGCCUUUGCAGUUACAGCAUUAGACAAUCACGACUCACAUUUAUCUAUAGAGGACCUGAAUUACUCUAAAGAAAAUGGAAUUACAAUUCUAUCAUUUCCCCCUCAUUGUUCUCAUAAAUUACAGCCCUUAGAUAGGAGUGUGUAUGGACCCCUGAAAAAAUAUAUUAGUACGGCUUUUGACUCAUGGAUGGUGAACAAUCCUGGUAAAACCAUGACGAUUUAUGAAAUUCCUGAAAUGGUGAAACAGGCAUUGCCAUUAGCAGCUACACCAAAUAAUAUUACAGCUGGUUUUACAGUCAGUGCUACUCAAGAACUAAACAAAGAUCUUGAUCUAAUGCCUUCUACAUCCAGUCAGGUGUAUAAUAUUCAAGAGUUAGAAUCUAAUAGCCCUGUUAUUCAACAAGUUGAAAAUAUUGUAGUGUCAAUACCAGCAGUAGCUUCUACUUCAAAUACUCAAAAUGAAAAAAUUAUACAAAAAUCUCCUGAAGACAUAAGACCACUGCCUAAAGCUGGUGCUAGAAAACAAGGAAGACAACAUCCGAGAAAAAGGUGUACGGCAAUUUUGACUGAUACUCCAGAAAAGGACAAGCUAGAAGCAAGAAAAAAAUGUCAAAUAAUAACCAACCGACAGUUGUCCGAAAGUUUGGCUAACACAUUAAACCGAAAUGUCAAAUUCCGUGUAUCUCAAGGACUGUUGGGUUUACUUCUGGGAAUCGAAAGAACGACUUGUCUUUUGGAAGACAGGCAAGUUCUACCGGAAAGGGCGAGACAGAUAGGCUGUGAAUUCUAUUUUUGUGAUAUAAACGAAGCUAUGAAAAAUAUUUUACGUUGCUGA